UGUUGUACGCCGUAAAGUAAAAUAGGUAAGGCAAGCAGAGACGGAGAUUAUCAAUAUUUAGUUGCAAAGUUGAUUUUCCUAUCUGUUUUGGAUAAAUUAGCGAAGAGGAAAACAUUAAUAUGUUCCUAAUUUAUUGCUUCAAAAAUUUUUCUUAGAAUAAAAUGGCUGACAAAGAAAAAGGUUCCCUGUUGCGCUUUACUUCUAAAAAGAAAGCAAAACUUGGAAAACCUGCAAAAAAACUUCCACCAACUGUUCCUGGACCAAAAACUUUCAAUGAAGUGGAAACACCGUUCAAUGAAGUUUUGGAGAAGGAAAUUGCAGGGCUCAAGUCGCUGCCAGCGGAAGAUUUUGAUAAAAAGUUUGAAAAAAUGCUUGAUGAAAUGAAUUUAUCAGAGAAUCUAAAAAUGCCUAUUCGUAGUAAAGAUUUUGGUGAUAAGUUGAAUAUGCUAGGUCAAUUUAUGAGAAGGCAAAAUAUUAAAGUAUCAUCUGGUCCUGAAUCAGCUGGAGAUUACCAGCAGCAGUUAUCAAGGAAUGAUUUUGAACAUGGGGAACUUGUGCAGCUGUUACAAUCUUUACGAGUCUCACUUACUGGUCGACCAAUUAGCUGGAUUAUUGAGUUUGGUUCGAAAGGCUUAGAAUGUUUAUUAAAUCAUCUGAGAAAUUACAUUUGCAGCUCUUCAUUAUAUGACAUGAAGAUUCAACAUGAAUGUGUGAAAUGUUUAAAAGCUUUUAUGAAUAACAAGUUUGGUUUGAGUUUAAUGCUUAAAAAUAUUCAAGGUUUGACACUCUUAGCUCAAUGUAUUCGUUCAGACAAUGCAGGGAUGAUGCAAGAUGUUGUGAAAAUAAUGGCAGCUGUUUGUCUUGUUGACCAUGAUAAAGCUCUCGAAGCAAUGACUUUAAAAGGAGAGGCUGAAAAUAAAACCAGGUUUCAUGCUGUUAUUACAGCUUUAAAAGGUGAUCAAUAUCCUGCUUCUCUAAAGGUAGCCUGCCUACAAAUGAUUAAUGCACUUGUAGCUACACCUGAAGAUUUAGAUUUUAGGUUGCAUAUAAGAAAUGAAGUGAUACGUGAAGGACUUGCUGAAGCUUUGCCUGGACUUCGAGAAAUUGACACCGAAGAUUUAAAUGUUCAGCUGGAUAUUUUUGAUGAACAUAAAGAUGAUGAUGCUGUCGAGUUUCAGCAUCGAUUUAACGAUAUCACUGUUCAUUUAGAAGAUCUUUCUGAUGUUAUAAAUCUUUUAAAUACAGUUGUUAAAAACACUCCUGCCGAGUCACAUUACUUAUCAAUUCUACAGCACUUACUUUUAGUAAGAGAUGAUGUUUUUGUGCGUCCUCAGUAUUUUAAACUUAUCGACGAAUGUGUUGCACAAAUCGUUUUGCAAAAAAGUGGUGUUGAUCCUGAUUUUGCAGCAAGAAAACUUCAAAUUGAUAUUGACAGUUUAAUAGAGGGACAAGUUGAAGGAGCAAAGGUUGCUGAGUUUGAUAAAAAACUGUCUGUAUUGGAAGUAAAGUUAAAAGAAGAGACAACUAAACGAGCUGAGGCAGAAGCGAAGGUAUCACUUGCAGAGUCAAAUCAUCAAGUGCAACUAAAGCGUCUAGAAGAGGAAAUUGCGGCUUUAAAAGCUGGGGGUGCUGUACCUGGUGCAGUACCUGGACCUCCACCUCCUCCAGGAUCAGCUGGUCCUCCACCACCACCACCUCCACCUUUUCCUGGUGGUGGACCACCAGCACCACCAGGAUUCGGACCGCCACCACCACCACCUGGUUUUGGAGUACCACCACCACCACCACCUCCUGGUGGGUUUCCUGGUGGACCUCCACCACCACCUGGUGGAUUUCCUGGUGGACCACCGCCUCCUCCUCCUCCUGGUGGAUUUCCUGGCGGACCUCCUCGACCACCUGGUGCUCCUGGUGCACCUCCAGCACCAGGAAUGGGAAUGAUGUCUGGUCCAAAACUACCAGCAGGUUUAUCUCAGAAGACACAGUACACACAAACUAAACAAACAAAACGCUUAAAUUGGAAUGUUAUUCAUGCUACAAAGUUAAAAGACGGAAGUUUUUGGACUAAAGUUAAAGAGGAUUCUUUAGUGAAAGAAAAUAUUUUAGAUCUUAUAUCUGAAACAUUUGCUUCAAAACCAGCCAAAAAUAUUGGGGAAUCAACUGAUAGUCUUGCUAGUGAUUCUAAACCUAAAAAAGGACUGGAACUGAAAGUGCUAGACGCAAAAACUGCUCAGAACUUAUCGAUUUUUGUUGGUUCAUUCAAACUUAGUUAUGAGCAAAUAAAGCAAAAGAUUUUUUUAUGUGAUGAAGAAGUAAUUACUAAUUCUGCAUUAGAAAGUUUGCUAAAGUUUCUUCCAACUAAUGAACAGAUGAAUCAGUUGAAGACUUUUCGCGAUAUUUAUGACGAAUUAAAUCAGGCAGAGCAAUUUGCAUUGCAGAUGGCUGCCAUUCCAAGACUCGACCAAAGAUUGAAUUGUAUGAAAUCGCGAAUUGACUUUAAUGAGAUAUUAAAUGACAUCAAACCUGAUAUUGCUAAUGCAAUUGAAGCUGCUAAAGAACUUAGAAAUGGGAAAAAAUGGGCUAAAUUUCUUGAAUUACUACUGCUAACUGGUAAUUAUAUGAAUGCUGGCACAAAAAACUCUCAAGCCUAUGGUUUUGAUCUUUCUCUACUGACCAAGGUUGGAAACACAAAAUCUGUUGACGGCAAGCUAACAUUAACACAUUUUUUAGCAGAUAUCAUUGAUAGUAAAUAUCCCGAAAUUAGUGGCUUCGAAAAUGAAAUGGGACAUUUAUCGGAUGCAAGUAGAGUAUCUGAUGAUGCUACUGCUAAGGCAGUGGGUACAUUAAAUUUAUCAUUAUCAAGAGUCCGUGAUGAGUUACAACAUCAUAAAACACCUGCUAGCCUGGAUGAUAGGUUUUUGGACAUAAUGUCUGGUUUUGUAGCUGAAUCUAGUGAAAAGCUUCAAAUUGUGCAGGAAAUGCAUAAAAAUAUGACAACAAUUUUUAGUGAUUUAGUUGAAUUCUAUUGUGCAGACCCUAAAAAAACAAAUAUGGAAGAAUUUUUUGGAACAGUUAACAAUUUUAUCAAAGAAUAUGUGCUGGCACAGCAAGACAACCAAAAACGUAAAGAAAGGGAAGAAAAAGAAAAAAAAGCAAAAGAAAAAGCUGAGAGCGAACUUAAAAAAAAAGAAGCAGCAAAACAAACAAAAGGAAAAAAUCUUUUGGACUCUGCUGGUGAUGAAGAAGGUGUUCUUGAUGGCCUCAUGCAAGCAUUGCAAAAUGGUUCUGCGUUUCGGGAUCCUUCUAGACCAAAUAGAAAAAGGCAGCCAAGAAAAGGUAAAGCUGGAGACCUUGCGAGAAAAGGCACGCGGGUAAUCGAGGUGGUAAAUCCUGGUGAAAAGUUAUCUAAUAAAAUUAAAUCGCAAGAUCUUGAUUGCUCAUAAAGUAAUAUCACAUUUAGUGGUUUUUUAGUAGGAAAUGCAUAUGGUUUUUUCUACUGUUACAUUAGUUGUAGUUGACUUAAAUGAGGAACUAGAGAACUUAAUCCGAUCUCCAUUGUGAAAAUUUGGCUUGGUAUUGACUUUGCUUCAUUAGUUUAGUGCUAGUCAUAUAUAUUAAGCACGUCUCUUGAUGAUUACAAAAACAAAUAGCACUUUAUUAAAACUGAAAGAAAAGAUUAUAAAUCUUAAUUUAUAAAUAUAUUAAGUUAAAA